AUGCUUACCCCGGCUAUCCUGGUGCCAUGGCUCCUGACAAUCGUCCCCGCAGCAUCAGCUAGUAGUCUCCUUCAGUACAAUGCGACACUAGGCGAGGGUCGGAUAGAAUGCGUCUACCCAAUCAGCGGGCAAUAUGCCCUUCUCCAGCGAGUCCUCUACUAUGGCCUGCUCCUUUUCUCCAUCGUCAGUCGCAAGACGCCAUGGUUGGUGGCUGGUGCGCUAGGUGCGGCCAUGACCUACGCCGCAUCAGCCGCCGUCCAUGCAACCAUUCUGGCAGGCAUAUCGCGUGAUUCUCUGCUUGAUCUGGAUUGUCUUGGGAUUUUUGCCAUCGUCAGCGUGGGAAGCUUGGUCGUGACUGUAUUCUUCCAUGGGUCUGAACUGCUGCGCGAAUCGCCGGCUCGCCCGGUGUUCCAAUACUGGGGGUUACUGAUGGUGGUUGGCACAGUCUGUGCCGUUGUGGCGAUGUUGAGAGACUAUCCCGGCGAGGAGAGAUGUACAUCUAUACCGAGUGAUGGGGCCGACACCACAGAACCUAUACUGCUGACGAGCACGGCACAAUUGGAUUUGCUGCUGUUCAACUGCACGUACGCCUGCUUCAGGACACGACAGGUCUUUCGAGACCCGAGCGACAUUCGCGUGGUACCAGCUGGCACGGUAUCCAUUCAGAGGUUCAGAUUAUUAGCAGCCUCAAUCUGCCUCUCGAUAUUCCUCGGAGCGGUGGUCUCACUCUACCGUCUCCUCCGCCGCUACGCAAAACAGAGGCAAUCGAUGGCCCAGAAGAAGUUGGCUGGUGGUCAGAAGCGCGGCCGGCCGGGGUUGAUGACUGGUCUGUUGUCAAGUGCCUGUGCGGUCGUCAUCGUCCUGAAUGAGGUUUUCAUACAUCUCCACAAUGACAUCCCUACCAGCGAACCGCCGUAUGCUGUGGGACAAUGGGGUCCAUGGGUCGCUGUGAUCAUGGCGUUGGCGGGAUCUGCCAUUGUAGAGUAUCACCGACCAGCCUGGGAGGAGCGCCAGCGGAUAUUGAGAGAGGAGGGCGUGCUUGCACAAGGGGAGAAGGACCCGUCACUCUUUGCGUCGGUGUGGAUGCGCUUGAGGAAUAUGGCAGGGAAAUUGCCAGCUACGGAGACAGACUCUGGGGCUGAAAUCGUGCAGUGGCCAGAAGCAGCCUGGCGAAGGGGAUUACCUAGUUAG